AUUAAAAAAUAUAAAUAUAGAAACAUCCUAUUUUCCAUAUGAUUAACACAAAAACAUAACAUGAAUAUAGAACUGGCUUACUUCAAUGAAAAAACCAAAGAAAAUGAACCCUACUUUACCAAUUACCAUUAAAAUUUUAGAAGGAAAAAGGAAAAAAAAAAGAAAAAAGAAAAAGAGAGCUUUACACGUUAAAAGGAUAAAGAGUGACAGCAAAAGGUAAAGCUGAUGUCGCUGUCCAACAUGAAAACUCAAGGUCACUUUCAUGGAAAACAGCAUUCCUUACCGGAGUCAACAGAUUCUUAAGACACUAACCCCAUAUCUGCAAAAAAUCUUAAAAGUUAGUUAAGCUCCUUCAACUUUGGUUUCUUGUAAGCAAAAGCUAGCUCUUCUAUUCCCUUUCCUUUACCUUUCCUUUCUCCUCUUUGGUCUUCCUGGAAGAUCCUGUAAUGUUGAUUUAAGAGAUAUGGCCUUGUUUGGAAGUCCAGGAAAGUUGAGUGGACUGCUACUGAGAAUGGGGCAGUGUGUUUUUGCUGCUUCUUCAAUUGGUGUCAUGGUUUCUGCUCAUGGCUUUUUUAACUCCACUGCCUUCUGCUAUUUGGUUGCAUCAAUGGGGCUUCAAGUUUUGUGGAGCUUUGGACUUGCAUGUCUUGAUUUGCAUGCUUUGAGGUCAAAGACAAACCUUCAGAAUCCUGUCUUAGUGAGCCUGUUUGUUGUUGGUGAUUGGGUGACUGCCAUUUUAUCUCUUGCAGCUGCUUGCUCAUCUGCUGGAGUGGCAGUUCUUUAUUCAAGAGACUUGGAUUAUUGCAAAUCACCUCAAAUUCCAUGCAUCCGGUUCCAAGCAUCCAUAUUGUUGGCCUUUAUCUCAUGGUUCCUCCUUGCCAUAUCUUCUCAUGUGGCAUUUUGGCUUUUGGCUGCAGUUUAAGUAACCCAAUCAUCAGUGUUACCCUCCCUAUUCAUUCUUAUUUUUAAGUAGCAUUAAUUUAGUUUUUUCUUUUCAAUGGCGAAAUAGUACUAAUUUUGUUGGGAAUUUCUCAUAGAUGAUCUUUGCAUUUUCUUUUGUCACUUUCACUAGAUUUUUUCUUUUUUUUUUCCCUUUAUCUGCAAUCAUACAUUGUACAUAUGAUAUCCAUGAAAGAUUGCUAUGUUUGGUUAGGACAAGAACAUCAAUAUUACCCUGUCUAUCAUUUUGGUGCUAUAGUCUUGAAGAACUUUCAAGUUUCCAUGCUUUCCAACAUAAAUGACAUACAUGAAAUAUAGAACAGCAAUUUCAUGAGUUUCCUGAUUUCAAAAUUGAGCAAGAAAUUCCCAUCCCACCAGAUAGAAAAAUGAGCUAAUUUUCCACUUAUCAGGAUGGUGAAAACAUAGUCUCAACCAUAUGAAUCAUCAAGUUCUUUGUCACAAAGAAGAAUGCUAAGGACUGUCAUCUAAGAUCAACUCUACUGCCCGGCAGCAUCUAUCUGUCAUUAUGAUCUUUUGUUGCUAAACUUCUUAGACUUGCAUUGACUGUCAAAGAUACAUUUGCAAAGCAAUGGAACCGUCAUUGACACAAUAACGUUCUGCUUCAGUGCAGGCACAAACACAUAUUGUUGGAGCAUUACAUUCAGUUUAGUUUCUUGGUCAAUUGUCAUGUGCCCGCUUACUCCAGCACAAAACUUGUGUGGCUAGGAAUUUGCAUGAACAAGAAAAAGUCUGAAUCUUUUGGUGUUGGGUAGCUUUGGCUGUAGCAGUAAUAAGAGUACUGAUAAAGACAAUGUUGGUUCUUUUCUUUAGCUGUAAAAGAUGACGAACUAUGUUUGAAACUCCACCCAUGAUAGAUACAACUCAGCUAAAAGAAAUUACAGCUAUGCUGGCAUGUGACAUUGAGCAUUUUCCAUAUGCAACAAAAUUUUCACUAAUUUGUUUAAUUGUUGCUUUUGAAACCAACAGUCAGCAAGUCAAUGUCUUUGAUAAUUUAUGUUCUUUGUUAUAGCCCUUUAACAAAAUACUGAUAAUGACUGGGGAAUAUGCUA